AUGACUUCUCGAGGCUGGCGGCAGCUUCUGAGUCGAAGCAUUCUUGCCAUGCUUCCGCCAUUCAACUUUCUCACACUUCAUUAUGUGUACUUUAUUGCGACGUCCUUGAUAUGCAGCGUCAUAUUCUGGGGUUCCUCGACCCCGCGGCGCAGUGUUUCAUACACAGACUCGCUAUUUCUGUGUAUCAGUGCUAUGACGGGUGCUGGAUUGAAUACCGUCGACCUUUCUUCUCUGAAUUCAUUCCAACAGUCUAUUCUCUUCGCACUCUUACUGUUGGGCCAUGCUAUUCUCAUCUCCAUUACGGUGCUUUUCGUCAGGAUGGGCGCGUUUCAAGCCAAAUUCAAGGGCAUCUCACUUGAACGUGCGCGUAAAGCUUUCGAGCAACAAGGCAUCCUACAUGGACGUGCCCAUAAAGUGGAGCAUCAAGCCAUUUCACUUCAAUGUGCCCGUGAAGCUUUAGGGCAACAACUGGUAGGAGACGACACGAAGGCCUACGAUCAUCAGCCUCAAUCGACCUCACUUGAACCAAUCUUGGAACACUAUCAGCUGGCCAAACUUGACGGUGCUACUGUUGACGUCAAGCACGCGGUGACAGCCGGAGCUGCACCUGCGGAAAACUGCGACAGCGUACGAAGUGACGACCAAAUUCAAUGGGUCGACGAUGAUCAAGUCACCCUUAGUCAUAUGAGGGCACGUCAGAAGCACCAUCACCACCACCGCGUUUUCCCCAUGGUAGGCGUUGGGGCCCGUCUUGACUUGAAUAACCACCCCCGAGAUGCUGCGCCAAUAAUGGCUCAUAAUGAUGAAGAAACAGACCUACCUGCGCUCAAAGGCCUUAUCAAGGGCACACAGAAGUAUUUUAGAUCGAAAGGAUCUAUCGCACGAAACUCCCAGUUUCAUGGGCUUACCCCUGAAGAGCGAGAGAGACUGGGAGGUGUCGAGUAUAAAGCUGUUUCUUUACUGCUGGUCAUUGUUGCCCUCUACUGGGUCCUGUUCCUCCUUUGUGGUAUCAUUGGGAUGGGUACCUGGAUUGCAGUGAAUCAUCCAGAUAUACCUCGAGCAAACGGCCUAUCGCCCUUCUGGACAGGCGCAUUUUUUGCCGUGUCCGCAUUUGUGAACAGCGGCAUGUCGCUCUUGGAUGCGAAUAUGACUGCAUUCCAGACAAAUGCGUACCCUUUGCUUACCAUGGCAUUCUUGAUUCUAUCUGGCAACACGCUCUACCCAUGCUUUUUGCGGUUUAUUAUCUGGGCAAUGAGAUGCGUGAUCCCGGAUAAGCCAUCAUGGGCGACUUGGAAGGUUACCCUAGACUUCAUCCUUGACCAUCCCAGAAGAGUUUAUACAAAUCUCUUCCCAAGGAGACAUACGUGGUACUUGCUCGGUACCAUUAUCAUCUUGAAUGCGAUCGACUGGGCUGGCUUUGAAGUCCUCUCAAUCGGGAACAAGGAGAUCGAAAGCUUGCCGACGGGCUAUCGCGUCCUAGACGGACUGUUCCAGGCUUGUGCUGUACGAGCGGGCGGCUUCUACGUCGUCACGAUUGCGAAUCUCCGCCAAGGAUUACUUGUUCUAUAUGUUCUCAUGAUGGUCAGUUAA